GUCCUAAGGCUGGUGGUUUCCUCCCUGGGCCUCUCCCUCAGGAAAAGGGAGAGGAGAGUCCUCCUCAAAGCCUUCUGGGAACCAGACUGUGUCCCUGCCCCACAAGCCAAGGAGCAGCAGACAGGGCCCUGGGGUCAGCAGAGGUGACUUAGGGGGAGGGGUGAGGCCAGGAAGUGCCAGUGAUGGGAAUUCGAGCCCUGAGGCCUGGGGUGCGGCCUGGAUCACCAAGACCAGGUACCAAGCGAGGAUGGGGCUGGGGAGCCGCUCGGAAGCUCCGUCUCCAACCCGACCCCCAAGGCUCCCCACAUGUUCCACACUGAGGAGCUCCCCAAAAGGUCCCUUUUAGACUGGGAAAAGGGGGUUCGGAGCUGGGGAAAAGGCAAAGGCUUCAACUGCAGACGCUGUCUAGGCUGGGCACUGCCGUCCUGCACCGCCUUCAACACCCUCCCGUGGCGCCAAUCCCAGACCCGCUGUACCAAGCCUUCUUCCUCCACCAGCGCCGGGAAGCCCUCUCCCCUGCUUGGGGGCAGGGGCUGAGCGCUGUUUAGCCUGGUUUUCCGGGGGGAGCCUGGACGGCAUGUCCUGACCAGGGGCUUAUUCCCUUAAGGGACGGAACUCUGGUCGAGAGGAGCGGAGGAGUUGGCACGGGGACCGGGCACGGACAGGGCUGUCUGGGGAAGGGUGAAACGUUCCUUGGGGAACCGCCCUCACCUGGUCCUCCCGGGCCCGGGCCGAGCCUCCAGGCCCCGCCCCGCGCGGCCUCCGUCCCGCCCUUCCCGGGAUUUAGUCCCGGCAGCCUGGGCGGCUCCGCAGCCGCCGCUUCCGCCUUCGCCAGACAUGCUCCCCGAGGCGGACUCCCUUUGGCUGCUGCGGCUGCUCCGGGACAUCCAGCUGGCCGAGUUUUACCGACCCAUCCUUGAGGCGCUUAAUGUGACCCGGCCAGAGCACUUCGACUUUGUAAGACCCGAGGAUCUGGAUGGCAUUGGCAUGGGCCGGCCUGCCCAGCGCAGACUGGUUGAAGCCCUGAAGAGGCACCGUUCCGGGCUCAAGUCUAAGAACUGGGUCUAUAAGAUCCUUGGAGGUUUUGCCCCUGGGCAAAAGGAGAGCACCCCACCCUCAGACAGCCCUCCAUCCCUCCCUGAGCCAGAAGGGGGACUCAAGUGUCUGAUCCCAGAUGGUGCCGUGUGCAGAGGGGAGCUUCUGGGCUCCGGCUGCUUUGGCGUGGUGCACCGGGGGCUGUGGACCCUGCCCAGUGGCCAGAGUAUCCCAGUGGCUGUCAAGUCCCUCCGGGUGGGUCCCGAAGGCCCCGAGGGCACUGAGCUAGGGGACUUCCUGCGAGAAGUGUCCGUCAUGAUGAACUUGGAGCACCCACACGUGCUGCGUCUGCAUGGCCUGGUACUGGGCCAGCCUCUGCAGAUGGUGAUGGAGCUGGCGCCCCUGGGCUCCCUGCACACGCGCCUGACCGCCCCGGCCCCCACACCCCCGCUGCCCGUGGCCCUGCUCUGCCUCUUCCUGCGGCAGGUGGCAGGGGCCAUGGCGUACCUGGGGGCCCGCGGGCUGGUGCACCGAGACCUUGCCACGCGCAACCUGCUGCUGGCCUCACCGCGCACGGUCAAGGUGGCUGACUUCGGGCUGGUGCGGCCGCUGGGCGGCGCCCGGGGCCGCUACGUCAUGGGCGGGCCCCGCCGCAUCCCCUUUGCCUGGUGUGCGCCAGAGAGCCUGCGCCACGGGGCCUUCUCUUCUGCCUCGGACGUGUGGAUGUUUGGGGUGACGCUGUGGGAGAUGUUCUCCGGAGGCGAGGAGCCCUGGGCGGGGGUCCCGCCGUACCUCAUCCUGCAGCGGCUGGAGAAGGACCGAGCCCGCCUGCCUAGGCCUCCCCUCUGCUCCAGGGCCCUCUACGCCCUCGCCUUGCGCUGCUGGGCCCCCCACCCUGCGGACCGGCCCAGCUUUUCCAACCUGGAGGGGCUGCUCCAAGAGGCCUGGCCUCCUGAGGGACGUUGUGUGAGGGAUGUCACAGAGCCAGGUGCCCUGAGGAUGGAGCCUGGUGACCCCAUCACUAUCAUCGAGGGCAGCCCCGACUCCACCACCUGGAAGGGCCAGAACGGUCGCACAUUCAAAAUGGGCAACUUCCCAGCCUCGGCAGUGACGCUGGUAGACUCAGGGGGCUCGCCAGCCAGCCAUCUGCUCCCCAGAGGCGCCCCUGCCCGAGGAGAGCACCACCAGGGAAACAUCAGUGGGGACAGAGCGAAGGCAAAGCUUCGGGAUCCCCCUCCAGCUCAAGGCCAGAGAAGGAACAUGGCCCUGCAGAGGUCGAAAGGCAUUUCCAAGAGCCUGGAGUCAGUUCUGUCCCUGGGCCCCCGCCCCACAGGAGGGGGGUCCAGCCCCCCUGAACUUCGACAUGCCAGAGUGGGGCCCCAGGGCGCCCCGGGCCUGCCACCCCGCCCUCCCGUUGCCGCCAGCUCGUCUUCCCAGCCCAGCCAGCCUCCCAGGGAGCGGCCUCCCUGGCCCAAAAGAGAACUCCCCCACAGUCAGCCCACAGGAGCGCCGGGGGCCAGCAAAGCCACUGUCCCCUCCAGAGGACCCCUGCCUGACUUCGAGCUGCAGAGGAGGAUUACAGAGGUGGAGCUGAGCGUGCAUGGAGUCACCCACCAGGAGUGCCAGGAGGCCCUGAGAGCCACUGGGGGAGAUGUGGUGGCCGCCAUCCGGAACCUCAAGGUGGACCAGCUCUUCUACCUCAGCAGCUGGUCCAGAGCAGACUGCCGGCGCAUCCUGGAGCGCUACCAGUGGGACCUCUCAGCUGCCAGCCGCUACGUCCUGGCCCGGUCUUGAGCUCUGCUCCUUUGGGCAUGGCCACCAGAGGGCCCGAAGGCCUGGCCACGUGGGACCAAGCAGAACUGGAAUACGGUCCCCACAGGGCAUUUUCCCAAUGGGGAGAGCCUGCCGUAGGCGGGUACAGGAGGAGCCCAGCACCGGGCACUGGGAGCGUCCCCUCACCCUGCCGUCUGGCCUCCGAGGCCGCCGGCUCCCUGGCUGGGCCACAGCAGGAGGCGGUCCUCGCUACACAGGCCCGCCCAAGAGGCGGACUGGCAGGAACAGAGCUGCUAAACAUCACACCGUAGGAAGCUUCUGUCGCUACAGAGAACGAGCAAGUGGCCAUACUGGGCCGUGGGAACAGCCAUCCUGAACCGCCAUCAGCUCCCACCCUGGGCUCUGUGGGAGCAGCCAUACUGACCGGGGCACAUGGCUCCAACCGCCCCAGCUUCGUCGGGGGCCAUCGUGGAUGAUGACAGUGGCCCUCUUAGACUCAAGGACACUUGAUCCUGGCAGCCUGGAUGGUGAAAUGGGUCAGCGCCUGCCCAGCCCAGCGGUCACAUUUCCCUUUGUUUCUUCCCACACCAACUCUUUCUCCUACCCUCUCCCAGGACAUACACCUUCCAGUGUCCAAAAAGUUACAAAGUUUAUAUGAACAUAACAUACAAA